AUGCAGCAGCCUGCGUCACUGAGCGUCAGCGCACCUCCCGCUCCUGUGAUUAAACGUGCGGUACCGGUGAAGCUCACAUAUGAGGAGGUGCGGCGUGCGGCCAUGUUUUCGGUGCUCGACGACUUUGCUUCUCAAAAGCAGUACAAGCGCCGUGUCCAGCGCCUAAAGGAUGUGGGCGGCAACGUGCAGGUGAUUCCCAAUCCGGCCGUGGACACGGUGGAGGCCGCGCCAAAGGGGAGCUCGACACGGCUGCUGCGAGAACAUUCCAGCGCCUCAUGGAGUGUAUACUUCUACCAGUGGAGUUUGUUUGGUCUGACUAGCAUCUCUUCGGUGGCAACGGCGAUGGGGUUUUAUCUCACCAUCUACCACAACCGCAUGUUUUUGCCGCUCGGCCCAAUGGCCGCCGCGGUGACGUGGCGUCUCUGGGAUCUACUGGAGGCGGCGUGGGAGCAGCAGCGGUACAUCGACAACGCCGCGCGCCUGCGUGACUCGCGCAAGGGCAAUCCGAUGAAUUUGGUAGCGAAGCGCACCGCUUCUCAGGAGGAAGUGGAGCCGUUGGAGGAGAUGAUGUGA